CCCCUAUCAUAAUAGCUCCAUCUUCAGAGGCCUCUCAGUAACGAGAAAAAACACAAAAUACUCAGAAGGUUAAAAAAAAAAAAGUCAAGAGAUGAGAACGAGCAACAACUUGAUUGGUCUAGUAAACUUCCUGACGUUCUUGCUGUCGAUCCCAAUCUUAGGAGGCGGGAUAUGGCUGAGCAGCAGAGCCAACAACACGGACUGCCUCAAGUUCCUGCAGUGGCCGCUCAUCGUCAUCGGAGUCUGCAUAAUGGUGGUGUCGCUGGCGGGAUUCGCCGGCGCGUGCUACCGCAACACCUUCCUCAUGCGGCUGUACCUGGUGGCGAUGUUCUUCGUGAUAGCGGCGCUGGUAGGGUUCAUAAUAUUCGCGUACGUGGUGACGGAUAAGGGUUCGGGUCGGGUGGUGAUGAACCGGGCGUACUUGGAGUAUCACCUGGAGGACUACUCGGGUUGGCUGGCGGAGAGAGUGUCGAGUGACAGUUACUGGGGGAAGAUAAGCUCUUGUAUUAGGGACUCCCACGCGUGCGCUAGGAUGGGCAGAACCUUUGGCGGUGUUCCUGAGUCUGCUGAUAUGUUCUCCCACCGGCGACUCUCUCCUGUUCAGUCUGGAUGCUGCAAGCCCCCAACAGACUGUGGAUUUGUGUACCAAAACGAAACGUAUUGGAGCCAAGCAACCGGAGUGGCUGUGCCCGACCAGGAUUGCACCAGGUGGAGCAAUGACCAAGAGCAACUAUGCUAUGCUUGCGAUUCUUGCAAAGCUGGCGUGCUUGCCAGCAUCAAGAAGAGCUGGAGAAAAGUCUCUGUGAUCAACAUUGUCGUUAUGAUCAUCCUUGUUAUCUUCUAUAUAAUUGCCUAUGCUGCUUUUAGAAACGACCGCAGGAUCGAUAACGAUGAACCCUCCGGUGAAGCCAGGAUGACUAAGGCACAACCCAGCAGAAUCAGUUUUUAGCUCCGUGGAAUCGGAAGCCAAAAUUUUCAAAGGCCAUAAUAUGUUUAUUAGAUGGUUGUAUUGUUUUGUUUCAAAUGUCCUUGUAACAUUCUGAAUCUAUUUUCAGUUUUUUUUUUUGGGGGGAAAAACAGGCUGGAUGUGUUUGUUAUAUCCUACAUUACUUACACAAGGAAGGAAAGUUCGUGCAGGAAAAGCUUUUCUUUAGCCGGAAAGUACUGAUCAUUUAUACAUUUUGUUGGGUCGAAAUAUGAACUAGUCUAUAACUUCUUUCGGAGGUGUUAUGGGUGUUUUAGAUCUU